ACCACCAGGCAACUACCAAAACCGCCGCCCUCAAACUCUCAAACCAACUGCUCUCUGAACUCAGCAAUUCUAAUGGCGACGGCAGCUACCAGUCGGCCAAGCGGCCCGGUCCUCUCGAUUCCCAACUAUCGCUCAGCCUCCCCCAACCGCUUCAAGCUCCCCGCCGCCGUUGGCGCCCGCUCGCCGGGCAAGUCCGUCCGCGCCUCCUCACCGUCGGCCGCCAGGAGCCGUCAGUCCUGCAUGUGCUCCCCGACGAACCACCCCGGCUCGUUCCGCUGCAGCCGCCAUAGGGAGCGCAAGCAGGAGGCUCCUGGAUGCCACGGCCACAGCAAGCCCGCCUCCCCGCCUUCGCCGGCGCCCCUCGCCAGCGGUGUCGCCAGCGGCACCUGCAGGCUGGGCGCCAAACGCACGGGCAGCGCGCUGGUGCGGCUCGGCGGCUCCGUGGAGAAAGGUUCGUGGGCGCGCAGGGCGCUCGCUCCGUCCCCGCAGUCGCCGCAUCGGAGGCGAGCAGCCGGCGGGUUCUGCCCCCGGCCCAGCCGCCUCUCAGCCGUCUCCUUCGCCGGGGAGCGUACUGGCGACAACCGGCAGUGAACAGACCAACCAACUCCGUCGACUUGCCAUAGCGAGAUACUACUGUAGUACAUACUGAGCUUAGUAGGAAAGAAUUGCAGAGAAUUUCCCCUAAUAAUUCACCGGGAUCUUCCGUCUGCUGUAAGUAAUUAGCCGGUGGCAAACUGGAAUUUUUGAUCCAGCCGUUCAUCCUCCCCGUCCCCGAUGUGUAUAAAGGUUUUGGAUAUAUACAUGAGUGAGAAAUGGAGACAUUUGGAUA